GUGAAAAUACCUCCAGUUCAGAGGCGCAGGAGCGUCACGGUGAUCAAAAAAAGUCCAACUACGCCUCUAAAGACAUGCCAGGUUCCUUUUCUGUGACGGACGGAAAUGUUACGUCGGAUGAAUCAGAAUUUGACGAGGCGUCCAAUCAGAGCGCUGAAGAAAAUUUACAAACYUGCUCCUACCUGAAGGUUUUAGAGUAUUUGAACUUGACCAGAAACAAUGAUAAGUACACAAUGACUCGACCUGCUUUAGAUUACACAAAAAGCACACCAGUUUUUCUYCAGAUGGCCAUCUAUGCCAUCCUGGAUGUGAGAGAAAUUGACCAGACAUUUGUAUCUUAUGUUUGGAUUUCUUUGAAGUGGAGGAAUCCUCAUAUUAGUUGGAAUAAAACAAAUUUUUGUGGAAUUUCAAAAAUAACAAUUCCCACUGAGGUUCUGUGGAAACCAGACCUAAUGAUCGAAGAAAUGGUAGAGAAGGACAAAGCUCCACUUAGUCCUUUUCUCAAAGUAGCAAAUAAUGGUACUGUGGAAUACAGGAAUGACCUGGUUGUGGUCAGCACCUGCAGGAUGCACAUUUACAAAUUCCCCUUCGACGUUCAGAGCUGCAACAUCUCCUUCAAGUCAGUCGUGCACUCCGAUGAAGAAUUAAGGAUUUUCUUCCAUAAGAACAACACAGCACUAACUAGGUGGUCCCGUGAUGUGAUGCAGACACAGUAUGAGUGGCUGUUCAUGAACCAGUCGGUCACCAACAAGACGGUCAAGUACUUUGGCUUCAACCAGACUGUUAUUGUUUACACAAUCAAAAUGAAGAGGAGGUCCUCCCUCUACGUUGCAAACUUCUUGCUGCCUGUUCUCUUCUUUUUGUGUCUGGACUUCGCCUCCCUCCUGAUGGCGAACAGCGCAGAGAAGAUUGGCUUCAAAGUCAGCGUGAUGCUUGCUAUCACUGUCAUGCAGCUUCUUCUCAACGAGAUUCUCCCCGUUUCCUCAGACAACAUUCCACUUAUAGUGAUUUACUGCAUCGGGAUCUUUGCUCUGAUGAAGCUCAGCCUCCUGGAGACGAUCUUAGUCAAAUAUCUGAUUGAGAACGACUCAGCGCCUCAGGACAGCGACUCAGAAAGUGACCCAAAGAUGAAGGAGGAGAGAGACUUAAAGAAGUGUUGUCACUAUGCAUCUAUUUAUGAUGAGAUGGCUGAUCAAACGUCUAUCAAAAAGGGCAGCAGCAGCUGCAGCCAGCUGACGGAGUUAUUCCUCACCGUGGAAAAUGUCUCAGAUGAGCUGGGAGAGAUUAAAAAAAAGGUCAAUCAACUCGUCAACCCGGAGCAGGUGAAGCCCGGCUACUGGAGCCGAGUGGCCAACAGGAUCAACAGGGUUUUCCAAGUGGUUURCGUCGCAGCAGUCAUCGUGUUUUUAUGCACCCUGUUUUCACUCUGGAUGUCAGAAUCAGAUUAAAAGUCCAAACCUGUUCUGAUCAA